AUGUGGAAAAUGAAAACUUUGUUGACAAUUCUUCUGUACAAAAUUUGUGGUAAAGGUUACUCAGAUAAAAGGCAUUCGUUUAUUACCAACUUUAUAACAACUGAUUGCGGAAGUGACCUUGGACUUAUUCCAUUAGUUCUUAAGUCUUUUUCAGUCCGUGUGCGUGGUGUGAUUGAUAAUGGUAUGGAAUUUUUUUUAGGAUUGGGUGUAGAUGGUGUACCAGCGUCGUUUGUGUUAUGUGUACCUGCUGUUGAUGUUUGUGUGGGAAUGGGGUUUGUCGGUUUCAAUCUUUCAAAACGUUUUGCCAUCUCUUAG